CCAUGAGCCCCGUGUCACCACAUGAUAAUGUGGAUGCUGCUGCUGGCCCUGCCCUGGGUGGGUGCCUGGGCGCCUGGAUCCUACAGUCCUUCCACCUCAGGGUGCCAAGAUAAUGAUCGGAGCUACAAGCUGGAAGUGGAGGCGUCUGUGGCAGUGCAGGAGGGGCUGUGUGUCCUUGUGGUCUGCAAAUUGGUCAAGUUACCUUGGGCCUCCCGGAGUAGUUCCGUCUUUGGCUACUGGUUCCAUGCAAGGGCAAAAACAAACCUUGACUCUCCUGUGGCCACAAACAACCCAGAGCGAGCACUGCAGAAGGAGACCCAGGGCCGAUUCCACAUUCUCGGGAACUUGAAGAACAACAACUGCUCCCUGGACAUCAGAGAUGCACAGAGAGGAGACAACGGCUCCUACUUCUUCCGAUUGGAGAAAGGAGACAUAAAAUGGAAUUACUGUGGGAAGCCAGUGUCUGUGCAGGUGACCGCCCUCACCCACACCCCCCACAUCAAUAUCCCAUCUACCCUGGAGCCCGGUCAUCCCAUCAACCUGACCUGCUCUGUGCCGUGGGCCUGUGAGCGGGGAACACCCCCGAUCUUCUCCUGGAUGUCAGCCGCCCUCACCUCCCUGGGCCCCAGGACCACACUCUCCUCCGUGCUGACCCUCACAGCGCGGCCCCAGGACCAUGGCACCAACCUCACCUGUCAGGUGACCUUUCCUGGAGCAGGUGUGACUGUGGAAAUGGCAGUCCAGCUCAAUGUCACCACUGGGAAUCCGGGGACGACGGCAACAUCAGGAGUGGUUCUGGGGGCCACCGGGGGCGCUGGUGUCACAGCGCUGCUUGCCAUCAGUCUCUGCCUCAUCUUCUUCAUAGUGAAGACCCAGAGGAAGAAAGCGUCCAGGACUGCAGCGGGGGUGAACCCUGCCCACUCUGCCACAGUGCCAGUUUCCCAGGGUCAACCGCAAGAUCCCAAGUCACACAGCUCUGCUGAGCCCGGAAGCUCUUCAGGGGAGGCCUCUGCCUUGGAGGCUGAGGAGGAACUACAUUACGCCUCUCUCAGCUUUCAUGGGUCGAGGGCUCCACAGAACACCUGAGAGAUCUGGACUCACGCAGGAGCCGUCAGGAGCAUCGCUGUCGUCUGGAACACAUUUCCUCUCUGGAUUUCCAAGGCUGACUUCUUGGAGCGGCAUUCCCACCCCCCACUCCCGCCACAGGUAGCUCUUGGAAUUGGCUCUUGGAAUUGAGACUCUUACUGUGUGCAAGUUUGAAAUCAGAGACCUGGGACAAAUCUGUGUUCUUUCUGACAGGAUGAUGUCAGCAGACAUUUCCUCCUCCAUGUCUGGGUCUCCUCUUUUGUACAAUGACUGUCAGCCUCCCUAUGUCUCAGUGUAUCCAUGAGGGUUA